CUUCAGGAACCAUAAUUGGGCUGCCUACUGUGUGGCGCCCACGGCUCCUGUUUUACUUUGAGACUUCCAUCUUUCUCAAGGGAACGCGUUUGAAAAAUGCCCGGUCAUACAUCGCUGCUGUUUAAGGCCAAUAUCAAGGGCGGCUCCUACUCGGCGCGCCCGAUCGGGCAAAGGGCGCCUCGCGUGCAUGCUCUCGCGGACGCUUCUGCCAUCACCUCGGCCAGCACCAGCGCCCCCUCCAGCAACAGCAGCGAGUCGUCUACCUCUCGUGCUUCUGUGUGCGCUGGAUACAACAGGAGGCUUGUGCAGCGUAUGCGGGAGCAGAAGGUGGACCUGUCGGCAGCCAGCCGGCGUCAUUCCUUCGCGCUGCACGCGGUUGCCGCUCCUGAGCGCACUGCCUCGGCGAUGAAGACCGUAGAAGUGGACCUGGGCGAUCGAUCCUACCCCAUUUAUAUCGGUGCGGGCCUGCUGAACCAGGGCGAGCUGCUGCGGAAGCACAUUCCCGGCAAGCGCGUGCUUAUCGUGACCAACGAGACCAUCGCACCUCUUUACCUUGAGCGCGUGCGCGCGGCGCUGCUGGAGGGCGGCAAGCUGCAGGUGGACGAGGUGGUGCUGCCGGACGGCGAGGAGUACAAGAGCAUGGAGGUGCUGGGCAAGGUGUGGGACAAGGCUCUGGAGAGCCGCAUGGACCGCGGCGUAACCUUUCUGGCGCUGGGCGGCGGCGUGGUGGGCGACAUGACGGGCUUCGCGGCCUCGUGCUACCAGCGCGGCGUGCACUUCGUGCAGGUGCCCACCACGGUCAUGGCCCAGGUGGACAGCAGUGUGGGCGGCAAGACCGGCGUCAACCACCCGCUGGGAAAGAACAUGAUCGGCGCCUUCUACCAGCCCCGUGUGGUGCUGGUGGACACGGACACGCUGGCCACGCUGCCGGACCGCGAGCUGGCCAGCGGCAUCAGCGAGGUCAUCAAGUACGGGCUCAUCCGCGACGCGCCCUUCUUCGAGUGGCUGGAGGCCAACAUGGACCGACUGCUGGCGCGCGACCCGGAGGCCAUCGCGUACGCAGUGGAGCGCUCCUGCAUCAACAAGGCUGAGGUGGUGGCUGCCGACGAGCGUGAGAGCUCCGAGGGCGUGCGCGCCACGCUCAACCUGGGCCACACCUUUGGCCACGCCAUCGAGACGGGCACCGGCUACGGCGUGUGGCUGCACGGCGAGGCGGUGGCGGCCGGCACCGUCAUGGCGGCGGACCUGUCCUACCGCCUGGGCUGGAUCGACCAGUCGCUGCACGACCGCAUUGUGGCGCUGAUGCAGCGCGCGCGCCUGCCCAUCCUGCCGCCGCCCUCCAUGACCACUGAGCAGUUCCGCUCGCUCAUGGCGGUGGACAAGAAGGUGCUGGCGGGCAAGCUGCGCCUGAUCCUGCUGCGCGGGCCGCUGGGCAACUGCGUGGUUACGGGCGACUUCGACCCGGCCAAGCUGGAGGAGACGCUGGUGCACUUCACCACCGCCGCCCAGGCCCAGACCAAGCACUGAUGGCGCUGUGAGAGCACUGUGAGAGCUUAUGCUGGGGCGGAUGCUGAUGCGGUUGCGUCCAGAUGGGCGAGGCGCUUUGGAUGCAAGGGCUUGAACAGCUUAAUGUUGGAUGCGGGUUUUUUUAAAGAGAUGAAGUUGCUUGGUGUCGCAACGUAUCGCAGCUUUUAUUUGUAGCUGGCGUGUGUUUUCGUCCAGCGAACUUGCAGCUAUUGCAGGGCAGGGCACGCACGCUCCGAGGCUGAAUGAGGCUCGCGACUUGUUCUGAAUGGGAGUGCGGUAGUCAGGGACUAACUUUUAUGUGUGUGUGCGGCCACUGCCGGCUGGGCCCAGCGGCCAACUGCAACUUGGGUAGCCGUACGUGGGGCGCGCGAGCCUGCGCCGCUGAAAGGGAAGGUGACUGGAACUUUGGUGAGCUUGUGGAUGUUCCUGUGAUGGGGAACGCCCACUUAGGAUCGGUUGGAUGCCCGAACAGCGGUUGGGGGCAUUGAGACGUAGAGAGAGUGGAUUCGACCAGAGUGUGCUACUGUGCUAAAUUUGAUUUGUGUGGCCGUUGGCACUGUGCGCUGCACCCGACCCCUGUGGUAUAAAAGCUGUUGGCGUGUGUAUGAAGGCUGGGAUGUUGGCAGGUGAUGUUGGCGUGCAGGUGCAGAGACUCGACACGUUCACCGCCUGAGAUGGCGGACUCGAAUGAAUGCGCUUGCAUGAAGAUUUUGUCGGGACCACCGUAGUGUGGACCAUCAUGUUAUAUUGUCUAUGG